CUUUCAAAUUUUCCUGCUUGUAAAAAAUGAUCUGUCAGACAUUCUAUACCUACAGCCAAAGUUGGUUGACCCAAAGUUGCAGAAGAACGGUGGGUGACUGUACAGGCAGCCAGCUGUUUUUGCCAUUUCUUACAUUUUUUGAAAUUUGCUAGCUGACAUGCCAUACUUACUCAGGACUAUUGUUCUAUGGAGCAGGGUGGAGCAGCAACUGCAUGCGGAAGAGCAGGUACCCCUGACUUGAAAAAUCUCCACAGGACCUGUUCUCCUGAGUGAUGGAGCUGGUGAAGUCGGGAACUGCUGUCCCACUCUUAUGACCACAGAGAGAGCUCUCCCACCUGCCUCAGUGGCAUAUGGAUCAUGGUUUUUAACAUACUCGUGCCUGGAUGUCCAUGAGAAAAAUGGACAACGUUUUGGUACUGAGCUAUGAAGACAUCAAAAAGGACACAAGGAAAACAAUAGAGAAGAUCUGCGACUUCCUAGGAAAGAAUUUAGAGCCAGAUGAACUGGAUAUGGUCCUCAAGUACAGCUCCUUCCAAGCAAUGAAAGAAAAUAAAAUGUCCAACAUUAGCCUCAUCACAGAAGAUGUGGUUACUAAUGGAUUGGUCCUCUUGAGAAAAGGCAUGACUGGGAACUGGAAGAAUCACGUCACAGUAGCCCAAGCUGAAGCCUUCAAUAAGAAAUUCCAAGCGAAAAUGGCUGGUUUCCCUCCAGGGUUGUUCCCAUGGGAAUAAGUUCUUAAAACUUUUAAAUAAUGUAUGGACAGUGGGGUUUAUCUUCCUGUUGUUGUACAUGUGAAUGACUUAGUGUGGUCAUAUAAUAAAUACUGUUACUGAA